AGUCUUUUCUUUAGGGCCUGCGUGGCCCGUCGGCUGGCCCUGCCGGCGUUUCAACGCAAUGAGCGAGAUCGCCCCCAUGGAUGCGGUGGGCAAGGUGGAGGCACUUACUUACACACCGAGCCCCUUCAUGAAAGCAGCGGCGCAGAUCAUCGAGGCAUCAGAAGGCCAUGUGCCGGAUGACCUGCAUUGGGACCCAUUGACGAUGAGCUACGGCGGUGGUCCUGGGCUGCAGGGUGAUGCCAUCGAGUUGCCCACCGAAUUGAUGAUGAACCUGGUUGGGCCUGGGCUAGCUGCUGUGCGAGCAAAGCCAAACCCUGAGCCACCGUUGGCUCCCUCGCAAGAGCGAGCAAGGAAGCGCUUGCAGAUGCGCAAGGAGGCUGCUGAAAGAGCGGCUGCUGAGAAGGCUGCACUGCAGGAGAAGCAGGAGGAGGAGGAGCCCUUGGACGAAUCCUGGAUCGACCAGAUGGAACAGAAAGAUGCAAAAAAGAAGGCAAAUAGGGAAAAGGCGGUUCAAAUCAGGAAAGAGCGCAAGAAGGCGCGAAAGGCAGAUGCUGCAGCCAAGCAGGAGGCAUUGGACUUUCAAGAGGAUGCGGAGGAGCAGGUGGAGCAAGAGCUGCCAGUAGAGCCGCCUGAGCCUGAACCUGCGGAAGCUGAGGAGGAGGAGGACGAUGAUGAUAUGCAGCUGGUGGAGCUAUCCAAGCAGCGGCGCAAGCGGCAAGCCAAGCAGGCCAAGCAGCGAGAGGAAGAACUCGCCAGAGAGGAGCGGCGACGAGAAGAAGAGCGCAAGGAAGCGGAGAGGCGACGAAGGGAAGCAGAAGCAAAAAGAAAAGCGGAAGAGCAGGAGCGCCUGGAGGAGAGGCAGAAAAGAGAGGAGGAGCUGCGCUUGAAGGCCUUGCGGGAGGCCGAGGAGAAGCAGAAGGAAGAGGAGCGUCAGAAGCAGGAGGCUGCCAAGCGGAAGAAGGAGGAGAUCCGCCGAAAGACUGAGAAGAGCGAAGAGCCAGAGCCAGAGCGAAAGAGCGAAAAGGCAGAGCCCAAGGAAAAGCCCAAGGAAAAGUCAGCAAAAGACUCUGGCACUGAUGAUCCGGAGGAGUACUGUCAGCACCGCCGCCGGGGCGAAGAGGUGGAGGUGGCCAUGGCGCAGCGGGAAGCUGAACAAAAGGCUCGCCCGGGAAGGGACUCCGCGCGAGAGAAGAAGGACAAGGAUGAGGUGAAGGACGCCAAGAGCUGCGACAACGGGCUUGGGCAGGCAAAGGAGAGCGGUGAACAACCAACGCAGGUCAAGUCACUGCGACAAACCUUGACUCCUUCUCAGCUGCGACGACAGCAGCGGAAACGCCAGCGCGAGGCACGGCGCGCCGCAGAGCAAGCAGCACGAGAGGAAGACGACAGCGAGGAAGAAGCUGAGAAGCCGAAGCCGGCCGAGCGCAAGCCCGAGAGGAAACAAAAAGAGGGCAGAUCACAAGAGAAGGCUGCACAGGCAGAGGCUGAGCUCAAUGACGCAAGCGGACAGUCUGACGACGUCAGGAAAUCAGUUGGAUCCGGCCCGCCAACGCCGAACCAGGAUCACAGUGCUGGCCUUGGAGAGGAUGAGCUUGAGUCUGAUGGAACUGGCACGGAUUUGCGGAAAGAUGCCGAGGCGUUCUCAUCGAUGUCAGGCCGAGGGCGCCGCUCACAGUCACAGGAGAUGGACCAGAAUAUGAUGAUGCCCAUCACCACGCUCAUGAUCUCCCAGAUUCCAGAAGCAUCCGAUGCCGAGACGUUCAGGCACAAGCUGGAUUCCUGGGGUUUCAUUGGCACCUACAACUUUUUCUACAUGCCUCCAGAUGUGAGCGAAGGGUGGGGUGGCAGAUGUGCUUUUAUCAACUUCGUGGACCAGGCCAUGGCGACGAUGUGUCAAGGCUAUUUCCAGCAAUGCCCCAAUGAGGGUACAGCAACCCCAUACCAAGUCCAGGGCCUUGAACACAACAUCGCGCACUUCAGCCAGUUUGUUGGUGCCGGAGAUAUGGUCAACGGCCCGCUGAUCGUGCCAACUCCUACCCCAACUGCUUGGGCGCUGAAUGGUGCACAGGCCAUGAUGACGAGCACUACAGGCAAAUUCUCUCCACAGAUUCGGGGGCAAUUUCACAAGACCAAGAUGUGCGCCUUCCACAAGAAGAAGAAGUGCACCAUGGGCGUCGCGUGCCCGUUUGCACACUCCAAAGAUGAACUCAACGCGCCACCAGACCUAUCAAAGACCAAGCUUUGCGUGAAUUUCUUUCGGAGAAAGUGCAACGACGUCAACUGCAAGUUUGCGCACGGGCAUUCCGAGCUUCGUGCGACUGGUAGCGUGUACAAGACAGAGCUGUGCAGGGCAUGGUCGACAGGAACCUGCAAGGCUGGAGAUACCUGUCGCUAUGCACACGGGGUCAACGAAUUGCGAGGGGGAAGUAUGGCAAUGGCUGGUUCGGGCUACAUGGGCUACGGAAUGGAUGACGAGUAUAUGCAGAUGGAGGGCAUGCCAAUGGGCUGCGACGCUAUGGGAGGCCUGGCUGGCAUUUGGGAGAAUGAGGCCGCAGCAAUGCAGCACUUCUCUGGCUCUGGCUAUGGCAGUCUGUCUUCCUACGCGUUGCCACCCAAUGCAGGAGAACGUGGAAGGUCACAAUCCUCGGCCUUUUCGUCGGGACAGCCGCAGGACGGAACAGGUGAUGGCUUUAACGAUGCCAUGAGCGACAUGGGCUUGUCCGAUGUCUCCACGCUUUGUCCCGGUGAAGGCAGGCUCAGUCGCCAACAGACUGCGCCCCCAACAGCGUCGUUCCCUGCAGAUAUGCCACUUGCAAGAGGGGAAGCUAAUCACAAUGUCGUUCUGCGGGUCAAAGGGACCUUCAUGGAGUCAGUUUUCCUGGACGAGGAGGUGGAGAGAAUGCCGUUGCGACGCUCGUGGAGUGACGGUGAUUUGCCGCAACUACAGGACAUUGAUGGCGAACACGAUCUUUAAGCGAGUCUCACUAAUGACAGGCGGCUGAUGUAGUUUAAAUCCUUUCAGGUCGCUGAUUUUGUGGAGGGCAGCUCUAGAGAAUGUUUAUGGCAAUCGUGCCAGCGCAAGCGGGGUCUUGUGACCCGCGGCUCGAUUUGAAGGACCUGCAGGGUCGAAGCCUGGCGCAGGGCUCGACCACAACCGGCGCCUAGGUUUCUCAAACACGCAAGUUUCUUAGCAAGAGCUACAAGAUCACGGCUACGCCCGAGUCUCAUUCCCUAGGCGCAAGCUGGUCAUAUUCGGUGAUGGAACCGUGCCAAGCCUUUUUAAGCGCGCUUUCACUGCGGAUUGAAUUGCACCAGGCCUUUCUCAGAACACC